GACGGAAACAUUUUGCUGUUGCACACCGGAGAGAUACAAUGCAGCAUGGCUUCGGAAACCCCACGGGUGAGCAAAAUUAUGAGCCUUUAAAGAACAUAUUUGAAGACUUUAUUUCUGUUACUGUUCCGUUUACUGUAAAGUCACUUCCGUGAACAAUUCUCGAUCGGACGUCGUCAUCCGGUGCGUUUUAAAUCACAAUGUCCAAGGCGAAGGAGAAGAAAGCGCAUUCUGACGCCAAGAUCCAUAAACAUACGGCUAAAGAUAAGAGGAAGACGUUUUGGAUCAAACAGAACCUGAAGAAGAAGAAGCUUGGGAAGCCAGCAGCGCCACAGAAGCAGCAGGAGAAACCUGGACCUCCACAGGAAGCCCAGCUGAUCUCUGCCAACUGGAAAGCAUUACAGCAGGUCCUGAAGAGCAGCCAAGAGAAAAGGCAUCAGAAUGGCUUCACAACGAAGAAACACCAAGAAAAUGCUUUUCAGAGGAAAAGUGUGAACUCUGCUGCUCCGAGCGAAAGGGACUCUGUGAAAAAAGAAAAGCAGAAAACGGUUCCUGUUUCUGGAGAGAAUCUGAAGCUCCCUGCAGCUUCAGACUCUCAGCAAUCUACUGCUCCAAAAAGGAAAAAAGACAAAGAAAUGCCAAACAGUGAGGAAGAGGGACCAACGAAGAAGAAGAAGAUCUCAUUGGUUGAGGAGAGGAAACCUACAGAGGACGACCUUUGGUUCGACGACGUCGACCCCGAUGUUAUCGAGGAAACGAUGGGAGCAGAGGCAGCAGAGAUCAUGAGGAGGAAACAAGGCGUCCGCAGCAAAGAGCCAGAGACUUCCCUGGUGAAGGAGUCGGCCUUCAGCGGAAUAACCCAAACUGUUGCCAUCGACUGUGAGAUGGUGGGAGUCGGUCCUGAUGGUGAAGAGAGCAUCCUGGCCCGAGUGUCCCUGGUGAACAAGUUUGGGAAAUGCAUCUAUGACAAAUAUGUGAAACCCACAGAGAAGGUGACUGACUACAGGACAGCCGUCAGCGGCAUCCGACCGCAGGACAUCAAGGACGGAGAGGAUAUUCAGACGGUGCAGAGGGAGGUCGCCGACAUCCUGAAGGGGAGAAUAGUGGUUGGACAUGCCAUCCACAACGACUUAAAGAUUUUGCUUCUGGAUCAUCCAAAGAAGUUCAUCAGAGACACACAGAAGUAUAAACCCUUCAGGCGGAUCGCCAAGAGUAGCCGGCCGUCGCUCAAAGUCCUCUGCAGAGAAGUCCUGAACGUAAAAGUCCAGCAGGGCGAACACUCGUCUGUGCAGGACGCUCAGGCCACCAUGAGGCUUUACACACUGGUGAAGAAACAGUGGGAAGCCGAGAUCAGCGGCAGGAAGAAAAACAAAGAGUCGGAGGCGAAAAAGAAGAGGAAGCCGAGGUAGAGAGGAGGACGGAGGGGGACAAGGAGGACGGACGGAGGACGGAUGGAGGACGGAGGAGGACGGAGCGCCUCUGGCUCGGAGAGGACUGGACUCGGUCCAGACUCGUUUUCACAGAACCACUCUGUGCCUUCAGAGGCAGAAACAAACAUUAUAUGUUUAUCAAAACGCGUUUAUUAACUUACGUUCCACAGCAACAUCUGUACGCUGUCUCAUAUGACCUUUGACCUUGUCACAUCAUUACAGAUUAAAUCUGUUCUGCAGGUUUUGUUUCGUAAAAUGUCUCAGAUGUUUUUAAUCUUAUAAAACCUUCCAGUUAUUCCUCAGAGAACCCAAAAGUGUAAGAGAAGCACUAAACUGCAAAACACAGUCGUUUCUACUGCAAAUAUCUGUGAGACAAAGAAAAAUAAAGAGGCUUAUUUAAGUAAAUAAUUCCUUUAAUAUUGAUGGAAAAGAUCUGGUUCCACUGGCAGAUAAAUCCACUUAUAACAAAACAAGUUUCCUUGUCAAAGUUUAUCAUCCAGUGGAACUAAAACAUUUUUACCAAAAAAGUGAAUGUUGUUGAAUAAAUGUAACUCUGGUCUCAUUGCAGCUUUAAUCUGAUGACGUUUGAGCUGUAAGUUUAGCUUUUUAUGAUUUAAAUCACAGAAAUGUAUUUGAUUAAACUGAAACAUUGUGACAUCCAAUCAGAGCGCAGCGUUUGAGAUCCAGCAUGAAUAAUGAAAAUUGAUGUUUGACCUGAUGGACAUCAGGUUCUGCUGGUUUCUGCUCAUUGCUGAGGAAAGUCCAGAAAGCUCCCCUUUGUCCAGAACCGAGUCAGAACCUUCAGGUCCGACCAGUUCAUGACCAACCUGAGGUCGUCCUGCUGUAUGAUUCCCUGAAUUGUUUCCAGGUUUGCUCUGGAAGUAUUGAUCAGUUUGAAAUGAUGAUUGCAGGAAAAACAGGAUUAGAGAAAAUGCAGGAAAUAUUUUCAUCCAUCGUUUGUUUGUUUCUUUCUUUCUUUUUUUCUUUCUUUUUUUCUUUCUUUU